CUCGCUCGACGACGUCAAGCAGAAUGCUCUAUGCAUCACGUGCGGUUUUGUUGGCUGCUUGGUUGAGAAGCAUGGUCAUUGCCUGGAUCACAUUCGGGACAAUGUCAAGCACUGCUGCUUCUUUCGCAUGGGCACACAAGACGUGUGGUGCACCAAGUGCGACGCUGUCGUUGAUGGCGUCAGCGACAAGGUCGCGACCGCACUCUCGGACGUGCGCAAGUCGUACGACGAGCUCAUCGUGGCCAAAGCCAACCGCAUGCAUCUGUAUGCGACGGUUGACGCCUCGACGUCCCCAUCCAGCAGCGCAGCACCGACGCCAGAGACGCCGCCUCGCGACGACAAGCCUCCGAAGAAGAGCAAGGCCAAAGCGAACAAAAAGUCCAAAACCGAAGCUGUCGACGCUCCAUCGUCAUCGUCCAAGGAGCCUCUCGCCGUCGCGGGUCUUGCGAACCUUGGGAACACGUGCUACUUUAACUCAACGAUCCAGUCGCUGCGAAGCAUCUUUACGUCGUCGGCGCUGCACGAAGACGUUGUUGCUCAUGCUCGAAGCCUUCCCAAAGCCCCCGUCACCCAAGCCUUCUUAGAUUUUGUCCAAGGCGCAACUGUAUCGAGCACGUCCAAAAAGAGCACGUACACGCCGAACGCACUUCUCUCGGCAGUGCGGGAGACGAGCCGCCAGUUCCGCGGCCGCGCUCAGCAAGAUGCCUACGAGCUCUACUUGGCGCUGGUAUGGGCCAUCGACGACGAAUUCGCAGCUCCUUCGACGGCAGCACCGUCGUCGUCAACCAAUAACGGGCUCCAGCAAAUCUUUGUCAAGACGGACGAAGCCAAAGAUGGCACAUUGAGUCUCCUCGCGCCCGCCAAUGCGACGAUGGACGAGAUCCAAGCGCUCGUUGCCAAGAAGCUCAAACUCAGCAACGACGAGGUUGUGCUCGCAGGUAGCCGCCAACCCGAAGCAAGCAGCAACGUCGUUGGUCACCCAAGCUUCGUGCGCACCGCCCUACUCGGGGCCCUCGUCAACUCGGUCACGUGCCAUACGUGCCAAAACGUCUCCACGUCGUACGACGAUGCGAUUAGCCUCAGCCUUGCGAUUCCCAAACCUGGCAGCGCCGACGACGACGUGACGCUUCUCGACUGUCUGAGCGCGUUCACGGCGGUCAAUACUCUCGUGGCCGAUCCCGCCACGUCGUCAGGGUACCGCUGUGAGCCGUGCAACAAGGCUACCGACGCUGCCUCGUUCCAAGACGCGAGUCUCCAAAUGCAGCUCUUUGGUUUGCCCUACGUGCUUCCGUUGCAUUUAAAGCGCCUCGGAAAGCUGCGCAAGAACAGCAGCCACGUUGCGUUCGAAACGACGCUGGACGUCGCGCCCUUUGUGCUCCAGCCUGCGUACGGACCGCACAUGAAGACGGUGUACCACCUGCAAGCGGUGAUCGUGCACAUGGGCAACCGGUAUGGCGGCCACUACGUCGCGUACGUGCGGUAUCCCGACGCGUGGUACUACACAUCCGACUCGCUCGUCCAGCGCGUCUCCGAAGCCACGGUGCUCGGUGCCGAAGCCUACAUGCUCUUCUACACGCGCGACGGGGAGCUUGGCACCGCCCCGCCGCCUGAAACCAGCCGUCUUUAAACGGAAGCGCGUCCAAAAUCCCAUUCGAGUUACU